CUCGUUAUAUUGAGCGGGAAAUUAAAUUUUCAUAGCCAGGAAAUAGCGCGAGAAAUACAAAAUUCACCAGACAUUUGUAUGCUUGGUGGUUUUACGAUAAUCCAACGAAACCAGUCUAUUAAAACUGUCCAUUUGAACAAUUUAAAGGUGCUAAAAGGAUUUCUUUAAAAAUGGGUAUACAUGGACUGACGAAGCUGCUCGGUGAUUGUGCACCUACUUGUAUGAAAGAAAAUGAAAUAAAGAAUUACUUUGGCAGAAAAGUUGCCAUUGAUGCCUCGAUGAGCAUUUAUCAAUUUUUGAUUGCUGUAAGAAGUGAUGGAAGUCAGCUAACAAAUGAGGCAGGAGAGGUCACGAGUUAUGUUUUUGAUGGAAAGCCACCUAAACUCAAGUCUGGUGAGCUUGCAAAAAGAACAGAAAGAAGAGAACAGGCACAGAAAGACCUUCAAGCAGCCGAGGAAGCUGGAGAUGCAGCAAUGAUUGACAAAAGUCAACGUAGAUUGGUCAAAGUUACCAAACAACAUAAUGAGGAAUGUAAAAGUGUACUACAAUUAAUGGGAGUACCUUAUCUGGAUGCACCUUGUGAGGCUGAGGCACAAUGUGCUUCCCUUGUUGCCAAUGGAAAGGUUUAUGCUACAGCUACGGAAGACAUGGAUAGUUUAACAUUUGGAUCAUUGAUUACCUUACGUCACAUGACCUUCAGCGAGGCAAGGAAAUUGCCAAUUCAAGAGUUUCACUUGAAAAAAAUUUUGGAAGAACUUGGUUUCACGCAAGAUGAGUUUAUCGACCUGUGUAUUCUACUUGGAUGUGAUUAUUGCGAUUCGAUAAAAGGUAUCGGGCCAAAGAGAGCUAUCGAGCUUGUACGGCAACAUCGUUCUAUUGAGGGAAUCUUGAAACACAUUGACAGCAAGAAAUAUCCAAUACCUGAAGACUGGAAGUAUAAGGAAGCAAGAGCAUUAUUCAAAAAUCCAGAUGUUGCCGAUCCCGAAAAAGUCGAGUUGAAAUGGUGUGAUCCUGACGUUGAUGGUCUUGUUCAUUUCCUUGUUAAGGAAAAAGGAUUCAGCGAGGAAAGAAUUCGCUCAGGAAUUAGCAAACUGCAGAAGGCAAGAAAAACGUCUGUCCAGGGUCGUCUUGAUGGUUUUUUCAAAGUUCUAGCGACAACGCCGAACGCGACAAACAAACGAAAAGCUGACAAUAAGAAAACGAAAGGACCUGCUGCGAAAAAGGCCAAAUCAGGAAAAGCAAGCAAGCUCAAUGGAAACAGGAGAGGUUAAAGGUACAGGUAGUGCAGAAUAGUUUAACAAACCUUGUCUGUUGGCUCAAUGUCAAUUUCAAUCUGAAACAGGUUAUAAUCAGUUGAAGAUAUUACUUUUCUAAGAUAUAUUAAAAUUCGCACUUAUUCA